CAUGCGCCCGGCCCGGCCGCACUGCCUCCUGGGAUUUGUAGUUCCCCCACCCCGUUCGGUCGGGGCUUCCCUUAGCGGCUCGCGUUUAGGCCUUUUGGGGACCGUGGGGCCUCCUCCGCCCUGGGGCGUCCGAAGUAACCAGACGCACUCUCGGAGAACGGAGGAGCUUAUGGGUUUCCUCGAGCCCUCGCCGGGGAAGAGCGCCUCACCCAGGUGACUGCAGGGAGCCCCAGGUGUCCUGAAAUCCUGGCUGAGCCCAGCCCAGGUGACGGGUACAGCAGGAGUCGUGUCCCUUCGCGGACUCAAAGGAGCCCUCAUGGAAGCACUAGUCCCUCUGGAGCACAGAGCCCACUUCUCAAGGAGCAUGAAGCUGUUGGAGAACUCAAGCUUCGAGGCCAUCAACUCGCAGCUGACUGUGGAGACAGGAGAUGCCCACAUCAUUGGCAGUCCCGCCCGUACUCCUCCCUGUAGGAUCGAGAGCUACUCCUGCAAGAUGGCAGGGGAUGACAAGCACAUGUUCAAGCAGUUCUGCCAGGAGGGUCAGCCUCACGUGCUGGAGGCACUGUCCCCACCCCAGACCUCAGGGCUCAGUCCCAGCAGACUGAGCAAGAGCCAGGGUGGCGAGGAUGAGGGUCCCCUCAGUGACAAGUGCAGCCGCAAGACCCUCUUUUACUUGAUCGCGACGCUCAACGAGUCCUUCCGGCCCGACUAUGAUUUCAGCACAGCCCGGAGCCACGAGUUCAGCCGGGAGCCCAGCCUCAGCUGGGUGGUGAAUGCUGUCAACUGCAGCCUGUUCUCGGCUGUGCGGGAAGAUUUCAAGGCCCUGAAGCCACAGCUGUGGAAUGCAGUGGACGAGGAGAUUUGCUUGGCAGAGUGUGACAUUUACAGCUACAACCCGGACUUGGAUUCAGACCCCUUUGGAGAGGAUGGAAGUCUCUGGUCCUUCAACUACUUCUUCUACAACAAGCGCCUGAAGCGGAUCGUUUUCUUCAGUUGCCGCUCCAUCAGUGGCACCACCUAUACCCGCUCGGAGGCGGGUAAUGAGUUGGACAUGGAGCUGGGAGAGGAAGAACAUGAGGAGGAAGAAAGCAGAGGCAGUGAGGGUGGGGCUGAGGAGACCAGCACUAUUGAGGAGGACAGGGUCCAGGUGAUCUGUAUGUAACUAGGAAGAGCAGAGGCCCCAACUUCAUCCAGCUUCAACUGACGCCUGGACCUUCUGCCUGAGGGGCCUGAGUGCCUCCCUCAGCUGCUGGUCACAGCCCUGGCACUGCCAAGGCCAGCCUACUAGUCCUUUGGCUCCAGCCUGUGAAUGUCCACUCACCCCCACAGGCUCCUGCUGCCCACACUGCGGAUGGAUGGAACAGCGUGGGGCCUGCUGGGAAAAGCACCUGCCCUGCCCAAACGAACUGCCACAAGGCAGGGACAGCUGGACCACAGAGUUUAUUUUUCUAUUUUGUAUGGAGCUAGAUGUGGGCCUUCACACUCCAGUCCCAAAAGCCCACUGCCCAGACCCGGGAACAGGCCCCAGAGGUCAUCAGCUCUGGGCUUGGGCUGGCCAGACCUGGCGUCCACCUGUAUCCCCCAGUUCGCCUGUCAGGCCACGUGCACUGAGUGUCACUUUGCUGCAGCUCGUUUGUUUCCAAUAAAAGUUUCUGUGACUUA